ACGCUGUAUGCCUGGGUGGACUGUAUAGUUACUUCAACAUUAAAUGGAAUAAAAUGCCGCGGAUUCAUGUAAAUAGAGACGUCGCUUCAGCGUAAUUAAUUAAUGCUUCUUAAUUAAGACAUUAAGACCCCUGGAGCGCGUGUCGACUGGCUUAUUUUCGGCUUUUUAUCAGCAAUAUUUCAGGGAGAGGACCGCCGCCCUCCUCACCACAGCAGCUGCAGGGAAGUUUGUCACUUUCGUCCUUGUUGUAGAAACAAUGAACUGAGGACCCCAGCGCCUCAACAUCACAUAUCUCCGCAGCACCCAGUAUUCACCCUCGCCGUCCCGUCAGUAAAAGGAGUCGACAUCGUGUCCUCACCACACCUGGGCAGAGAAAUGUGUGUGUGCGUGUAUCCUCGGAUGCAUGACUGUGUCUAAAUGUUUUUGGGCUGAAGUAAGCGGUAGUAGACUGCACUUCCUCUCUCACCCUCUGAGAGUCUCUUCUCCAGUUGACUGACUACGAAAUUUGUCUCCACAAUUGCAAAGCAUCAUGGGUAGGAAAAAGAUUCAGAUCCAACGGAUCACCGAUGAAAGGAACAAGCAGGUGACAUUCACAAAGCGAAAGUUUGGCUUGAUGAAGAAAGCCUACGAGCUGAGUGUAUUGUGUGACUGCGAGAUCGCUCUGAUCAUCUUCAACCAUGCGAACAAGCUGUUCCAGUAUGCCAGUACUGACAUGGACAAGGUCUUGCUCAAAUACACAGAGUACAACGAGCCUCACGAGAGCCGAACCAAUGCAGACAUUAUUGAGACUUUGAGAAAGAAAGGCUUCAACGGUUGUGAUAGUCCAGAGCCGGAUGGUGAAGACUCCAUCGACCAAAGUCCCCUUAAUGAUGACAAAUACCGUAAGACCACAGAGGACCUGGAUGUUCUCUUCAAACGCUACGGACAGUCGACAGCUCCGCCCCAGACGUUUUCCAUGCCAGUCACAGUCCAGGCAUCUAAUCAAAGCACGCUGCAGUUCAGUAACCCUGGCAACGCACUGGUAACUACCUCCUAUGUAACAUCAUCAUCGCUCACGGAUACCCACCUCCUGUCACCACAGCAACCGGCUCUUCAGAGAAAUACGCUGUCUCCUGGGUUGCCACAGCGACCAGCCAGUGCAGGAGCUCUUCUUGGAGGCGAGCUGAAUAAUUCAAAUGGAGGAUGCCCAAGUCCUGUCCCUAAUGGAUACACCAGUGCCAGGGCCUCCCCAGGCCUCCUCACCGUUUCCAACGGCAACAGUCUAGGGAAAGUAGUUCCGGCCAAGUCUCCACCCCCACCUCCAAGCCCCCAGAUGGUCAACAGCCGCAAGCCAGACCUCAGAGUCAUCACCUCACAGGGCGGAAAGAGCCUCAUGCAGAUGACAGAGGAUGAGCUGGAAUUGGUAAACGAGAACGCCCAGCGGCUGGCAGCAGGAACCCAGGUGGCACAAAGCCUGACCACACCGGUGGUCUCUGUGGCCACGCCAAGCCUCCUGGCACAGGGGCUGCCCUUCUCCGCCAUGCCCACUGCGUACAACACAGAGUACCAGCUGACCAGUGCAGACAUCACUGCUUUACACGCUCUGGCGUCACCUGGCGGCUUGUUGCCAACCAGUGUGUCCACAUGGCAACAACAGCAGGCUGUUUCCCAGCAGCAGCAGCAACAGCAGCAGCAGCAGCAACAACAACAACAACAACAACAACAACAACAACAACAACAACAACAACAACAACAACAACAACAACAACAACAGCAGCAGCACCAACAACAACUUAGUCUUGCAUCGCUUAGCAACUUGGUCAUGUGGGGCCUGGACAAACAGAGCAGUGAGCUGUCUAGCCAGGUGUCCAGUCUGGCUGCCAAUCUGAGUGUUGGCUCUCCGUCCAACCUGCUCUUGGGUAGAGAUGAGUGGUUGGGCCGGUCUGUGACUCAUAUACCUCAAGGUGCCAUGCUGACCGUCAACACAAACACCAGCGUGAGCAUCAAGUCGGAACCCGUCUCGCCCGGCCGGGAUCGCAGCACCCCUUGCCCUCCUCCAUCUUCCACCACGCCGUCCUCGACCUCAGGGGGAGCCAUCCUGACCGCACCGCCACAGUACCCCGGCUCCCUGCUGUGCCUGGAGCCCCCGACUGGCCGCUCGCCUGCAGACAGCGUGAGCAGCAACGCCAGCUCCUUUGAAGGCAGCGAUCGUGAUGACACUGGUGCAGCUGGUGGAGGAGGUACAGGUGGAGGGGGCAGCGGUGGCGGCAGCGCAGCUGGUGCUACAGGAAGCGCCGGUCCCGGCAGCCGCCCUGACUUCAGCCCCUCGGCCGAGCAUCUCAGGGCGUCGAACGAACCAGAGCAGGAGGGAGGAAACAUCAAGCGCUUGAGAUUGGACGCCUGGGUCACAUAGAAGCGCCUGCCACACCUCUUUGCACCCACAGUGAAGUUUUGUUGACACUUAAACACCCACAACACACACCCACACUCAUCCUUAAACCUCCACUGCCAUGUGACACUAUCAUCACACAUCUGCCUCUGUCCAAAAUUAUACAGCUCAGCAGCUUCACCCAGACUUCUGAGGCUUUGCCAAAAAAAAAAAAAUCCUUUGGGGAUCGUGCUCUGAGUGAGGAGAGGAUGACUUAGUGCUCAGAUGGAUAUUUUGUCCUGUUUAGACCCUUGAUUAGAGGGACAGUAGAUUUGUUUUUUUUUGUUUUUUUUAAACCUUCUUGCUUGAAUGGUCUCACAUAUAGUAGUUUUCCAUAGAAAUGAGGUGUUGAACCUUUUUUGCAAUCUCACAAAACCAUAAAAAAACAUUUCUCUUUCACAUGGUUUCACCUUCAUGUAAUUACAUCGAGCUCUUCUACAUUGUUCAGAAUGGGAUUGGUGACUUGUCGACGUUGUGGGACUUGUAUGACUCACCACUUCCUGCUCUUUGAAAUCCAACGUCACUUGUAUUGUGUGCUGUCCAUUCUUCCAUUAGUCAUUUCCGAACUGCUUUUGGAUAGAACUUAAUCUGGACAAGUUUGAGGAUUGAGCAUCUAUCUGGCACUGAGCCAACCGCCUCAAACUAGGUCUUCUAGGUAAAGAUACUUCACCAUGAGUGGUUCUUUCUGCUGCCACAUUUCCCAACCUCGUACACCCAGGCAGGCCCGAACCCUCAGGUGGAGCCGAGCACCUUGCCAGAGUGCUAAUAUCAACCUCUCUCAACAACAACAAAAAUGCCAAAUGCCUCUUGCACACAGUGCAGGGACUAUGACGAAUUAUCACAGUCACGGAAACAAGAACUAGAAACUGUUGAUGCUUUUCAGGCUUUGAAUUUGCCGUCACUCUCUCCUCAGACGGUGUGCUCCUCCCGUCCUCUCACCUCAUCUGGAACUUGGACGGAAAUUUGUUGAAACAGAAAUCCAGCCAGCCACUCGGCUUACUACCAGGAGUAGAUGCCAUCCAGUUAAAUGCAUAGUAUGAGAUUCUUGAGCCUCUCUGGUGGCUUUUUUGGGUCCGAAAAGUAUUUGGUUCUUUAUCUGUUGGGAUUUAAAAAAAAAAAAAAAAAAAAAAAAAAAUCUGUUUUUGAAGGUCGUUCGUUGUCCAAAAGUAGAUAAUUCUUUGUAUAAAAAUCACUCCUUAUACAAAAGCUUUGAUGUCCUCUUUAGCUCUCUCUAGCUCUCCUUAGCUCUUUGCCGUGUUUCAAAAAGUGAAAGGAAAAAGACAUUUUCUAUAUUUCUACCGCUUCAGUUGGCGACAAAGUAAAAUAGCUUUUCGGCUUCAACAACGUGUAUGUACAUAUGACUAUAUUUGCAUAGACUUUGCUAGGUAUCCCUAAAAACAAGCAAUGUGUUGAUUCUCAGUGGAUCUGUUUGCAUAUAUGAGUGUGAAUUUAAUAUGUUCCGAGCUACGGUGCAGGGGUUUCACCACACUAGGUAGUGCUGGUGGAUCGGACUUGUUUCAGUAAACUUAUUUUUUGCUAGUGUUGAUGGUUUGUGCACUUUCUGUCUCUCACAGAGGCCUGCUUGGUUGUGGUGUCAUCAUAUUCUCCUACCACAUAUUUAAAAACCAACGAUCAAAUUUAAAUUUGUCCAUGACCACCUGAACAUGAAACGAUUAGGGCACUGACAUUCACUUAUAGUGUAGUUAAGAGAUAAAACACACUUCUUUGAUGCAUAUUUUGACAUUAAGCAGACACAGAUUACGCCUUUUUCCACUUUGAAAAUAAGUUGAGAGAUUGGCUACCAAUUACUGUGUUUGUUGUUAAAUUGUAUGGUUUCUAGUGUACAUUUGUUUAGUUGAAACCAUUUCAAGUUUGUGUGUAUGAGUGUGUGUGGACACAGGUUGUUUAUAGCUUACAAAUAGGAAGUUUCUUCAGUGAUUGCUUGACCUUUUUUUUUUCUCCUUGUGACGAUGCUCAAAGUGCAGACUGUUGUGUCCACUGUUUAUUGACUGUUUAUUAUCUACUUAAACAAUCCUAUACUUUUAAGUCUGUGUAGGUGAAGUGGACACGGCAGCUUUUAUGAAUUGAUGCCGUUUGGUGCGAUUAUUCACAGCCCCAAGCAGAGUGUGAAACCAGUGUUUGACACUGUGGGGUUGUGGUGAGUGUCCGAAAAAAUGUUUUCUAUAAUCGGGUUAAUUUUGGGUAGCUUUUCACUCUGCUAAUUUCAGGUUAGUAGUAUUGUUUUCUUCUUUCAGUCAUAAAUUUACCAUCCAACACUUUCAAUAAACUCAUGUUGGAGAAGAUUUGCCACUGAAACCAUUAAAGGAAUAAUUCUACAUUUCGGGAAACUCGCUUAUUCGCUUUCUUACCGAGAGUUAGAUGAGAAGAUCAAUACUCACUCAUGUUUGGGUGGUAAAUUUGAAGCUACAGCCAGUUAUCUCAGCAGGAAAAGGAAAACUGUUAUCUCUAGUCAGCUAAUCAAAAAUAUUUCAUCAAAAUGUAGCAUACAUUUUACACAAUUUCUUUACAAAAUCUACAAAAGAAAAUGUGAAUAAUACAAAUUUUUCAUGUAAUAAUUGGGAAAUUGAUAAAUGUUACAGUCUCAUCAUCACUCAACGCAGAUCUGAUGUUUGUCUGUUUGUACUUUGCAUUUGGCUUUUAUUGAUACACCAACUUUUCCACCUUAGCGCGAUAUUUACUUUUUUUCUUUCUUCAAUUUUUCACUUAGGAUCUUUUUAAAAUUCAAUAUUAACAGUAAUACAAUCAAUUCAGCUUUGUAUCUGGAUCACAAAUACAGAACACCGCAACAGUAGCUAAUUCAAGCUUUUUAAAUGAUGUGAAUACAAAGCUACCUGCGGUGGGACACCAUCUUGGAAUAAUGCGUAAACACUCCCGAGUUUGAAUAAGGGACGAAGCUCAAGCAAGAUUUAAGGUGUUAAUUUGGGAGAUUGAUGUUAGUAUGCUUCUUUUUUUUACCUUUGGAGGGAGCCAUGCUAGCUCUUUCCCCCAGCUUUAUGCAAAGCUGGGCUAACCCGCUGGAGCUUCAUAUUUAACAGACAAACAUUAGAGUGGUAUCAAACUUCUCAUCUAACUCCCCGCAAAUAAGCGCAUUUCCCAAAAUGUCCAACUAUUACUUUAAAGAUCCAACUGAUAAGUGGUACCAGCCUUCAGGCAGACCUAAUGAGUCAUUUCUAUUUUUACAACUAAUUUCAAUAGAACUUUGUCUUUGUGGGCGCUGAUGGUUGAUUGAAAUGUGACACCACACCGAUUGGUUUCCUGCCUCAUGCAGGUUUUGUUUAUGUAAAAAAAGGUUCUCUGUCCAAUCUAGCAAUUUAGUCACAAGACAAUCUAUAUGAGAAAUGAAAUCCUGCACCCAUGUUACUUGUUGUGUACAAUGUUUUUUAGAAUCGCACUAUUUUUGGAUUAUUUUGUGCUGGUGACAGUUCCAUUGUCUAUUAUUAUAUUAUUAUGGAGCUUUUAUUUUAUUGCUAUUUUGUUUAGGAUAGUUUUUAUUUUCUCUUCCUUAUCAUAAACAUAGUACUGGUUUCCUUUUUUUAAAACAACUUGCUGAAAAUUGCACGAUCAGUUAUUGUGGUAUUAGCAAAUGCAAUGAAGGAAAUACCAGUUAAAUGCUGCAAUUUUAAUUAAGAUAUAGAAUAUAUUUAUAAAAACGGGAAACAACUGAAAUUAGUAAUCAUGAAAUUUGAAAAAAAUGUAAAUGCAUGGGAUACAGGUAACAAAAUGUAUGUUACGUACAAUAAUGAUAAAGGACAUGCAUCAACAUUACAACUCAGAAUAAUGUAGCAUAUGAAAUACUAAAGAUGAAAUUUAUAGCUAAUAUAUUGUGUUGAGCUAGUCUGCUUUUCUUUUUUGUUGUAAAGAAAAUAUUUCUUUGUUGUUUUUUUGAGAAUGGUAUACAAUUUGUGUAUAUUUUCAUAUACAAAGUAUGCACUGAUAUGUUAUUGAAAUUCUAUACCGCUUUUACAAAAAGUGUUUGUUGUACCAAAGUAUCCAAGUCCCUUGAAACCUUAUUACCCUUUUGCGUAUGUUUUACUGUAUUUUAUAUAUUAAAUAGACAAACUGAGUGAAA